AUGGCAGUGGUUGUCCAGCAAACAGUACCCUUCUCUCCCUCAAAUUUGGACCUUGAAAACGCAAGCCGCUGGACAGCACUCUUCCCUCUCAUACGUCCAUCUGUGAAGGCCAUCACUACCGCAAAAGGCCAGAAGAUCCUCGUCGACACUGCUCUAUAUUCCAGCAAAUUCGUGCRCGUAGUCGCCUUUGCUAAUCCCGGCAGUCUAUCCUCAARGAUCCUCGAUGAGAGGCACAUUACAGCCAUCGUAACAGAGACCACAGGAGCAGGCAUCCUCACAGCUCCAGAUCUUCCCCACGCAUUACAGAACGCUGGGAUAGAUGUGAAGCAGGGCGUCGUCGUGGUACGAACAGGUGACAAGAGAGAGAUUCACUCCCACAACCCAGAUGUGAUCGAGGUAAUAACCGAGGGCGAGCUAGAGUAUGAUCAUGUACUUUAUCUUUUGGGAAGGGCGGAGGAUGGGAUCAGGAUGAACCCUCACAACGUGUCGGAGCUUUUGAAGAACUUUGUGAAGAAUGCGAGGACCACUCAUUCGAAGUUUUCCACUGAGAAGGCGGAUGGAAACCCAGCGGUCUUGCACGCUGAGGGUGUUGUUGGGUACGAGAAGGCCAAAUUUUCGGUACAAAGGGAUCUGAAGAACUUGCUGAAGAACAUCGAGGUUUCCGGCGAGGAAAAGGUGGUGCACUCUGUUCAUUUCAGUGAUGUCAAUGGUCUGAGCAGGCUGGAGAACUAUAUCAUUGCUGGGGAGAUUGCUCAGUAUCUUGAUGCCGAAAACAUCGCUUACGCACUCUCACACUCUACCAUUCUCAACCACAACGAAGCAGCCCGAGGCUUUUCCAUAUCGAUAUGCCCACUCCCAACGCACUUCCUCUCCGCAGACCCAAAGUCCAAGAAACACACUCCCAGCGCAACAACUACAUCUUCAGCAGAGCCAACAUCGAACCUUUCCACAACCCAACCCAAAAUAACCUUCAACGACUCCCAGAUCCGCCAGCGAAUAGAAGCGGGCUGCAAUGCAGUAAUCGCCGCCGAACCUACUAUAACAGAAUACGACACAAUAGUCGGCGACGGCGAUUGCGGCUACACCCUCCGCGACGGCGCCAAACAAGUCCUGACGUUCAUCUCCAACAAAGACCUCACAAAUCUCCCCUCUACCCUCGCAGAUCUCGUAUCCGAACUCGAAGUUAACAUGGGCGGAACAUCCGGUGCCCUCUAUUGCAUCUACCUCACAGCUUUAGCGUCCGCGCUAGCGAUGGAGGAAUCUGUGCCAAGGGCAUUACAAGCUGCGCUGGAGACGCUGUGCAAGUAUACGAAAGCUCGAGUGGGAGAUCGGACUAUGAUGGAUGCUUUGAUUCCGUAUAUUGAGAGUUUGGCGGGGAGCGGUGGGGAUGCGAAAGUUGCGGUUGAGAAGGCUAGAGAAGGGGUUGAAGGGACGAAGAGGAUGGAGGCCAAGUUGGGGAGGAGUACGUAUUUGGAUGAGAGUGCUACGAGGGGAGUUCCGGAUCCGGGGGCGUAUGGGUUGUUGGUGUUGUUCGAGGGGAUGAGUUCUGUGUGA